AACAAUUCGAGCAGUAGUCAAGAUAUAACCAAAUUAACCACUCACUUAAUACUAUUUUUCUCUUUAAUAUAAAGUAAUUAAAGCAACUACUAAAGAAGGGAACUGGAAAAUGAAUCAUGAAAAUACAGAACCUCAAAAGUGCUGUCCCAAUAAUAACAUGAAGCUAAAAAUCCUAGCGAUUCAUGGUUACAGACAAAACGCGGAAACUUUCAGAUCAAAAACUGGGUCUUUUCGAAAAAUGAUUCACAAAUGGGCAGAGUUCACGUACAUUACAGCUCCCCAUAAGGUUAUUCUAGUAGAUGAUCCUAAUGAUUUAGAAAAAAAUGGACCUGAUAUAGGACAAAGUAAAGAUGAAGAGCAAUAUGGUUGGUUUUUUAAUCGAGAUGAUAAAACAUUUAGAGGUAUUAGAAAAGGAGGGCCAGCCAUUGGUUUUGAAGAUAGUUUAAAAUAUAUAGAAGACAUUUGUGAAAAGGAAGGUCCAUUUGAUGGUCUUUUAGGAUUCUCACAAGGAGCUUGCUUUGCAGGAUUACUUUGUGAUUUACAACAAAGAGGAUUGACCAAAUUUACUUUUAAUUUUGCCAUUUUUUCUUCUGGCUUCAAGUCAGGGAGCCUUCCACAUUUGAAAUAUUACACUGACAGAAUAACAAUACCAAGCCUUCAUAUUUUUGGAGAAAAUGAUCAAAUCAUUCCAACAGAAAUGAGUGAAGCUUUGAGUAACUGCUUUGAAGAACCAGUUAUAGUAAGGCAUCCUGGAGGUCACUACUUACCGGCUGCAGCUCCACAGAAAAGUGAUUAUCAGAAAUUUAUAAAGCUCCAACUUCUUAAAAAACAAUUUAAUGCGGUUUAAAUAAAUUGUAGAAGUAAUAUAUAUUUAUUACAA